AUGUUCACAGCCUCAGCAUCAAGCAGCCCUGCCGUUGCGGUGCGCGUGUGCUGGACGGCAGGCCGCCGCAGAGCUGUCCUGCCGACCAGACCAGCAGCCGCGCCACAAAACUCGUACUCGGCCUCGGGCCAGGUCCCGAACGGCCCAGUCCGGUGGAACAGCAGCGCGUUGCGAUGCACAGCUACCCCGGCGACGACGUCAUCGCCCUCAUCUCGCCGGUGCCGCACCUCUGCUUCCUCGUCCCACAAUAGCGUCCAGGCGGCAAGCCGGCCACGAUUUGCGACCGGCAACACCCCCAAGCCCAUCCCCACCCCGUACUUCGCACAGACACGAUUCUUCUCUGAGAGCCGGCGGCGGCGCAUGGCCGACGUCGUCGCGGACGAGGACAGCUUCGACCCCAAGAGCAUCGAGCGCGAAAGCGACAUGGUGGACGUGUGUAUCAUUGGCGGCGGCCCGGCCGGUCUGAGCGCCGCCAUCCGCCUCAAGCAACUGGCCACCGAGGCCGGCAACGAGGACUUCCGCGUGCUGCUGUUGGAAAAGGCGGGCGAACUGGGUGCACACACCAUGUCGGGCGCCGUCAUCCAGCCAGACGCCAUCAACGACCUGAUCCCUAACUGGCUCGACGAGGACAACCCGGACCGCUUCGAGUUUGCGACGCCCGCCGGCAAGGACAGCAUGAAGUUCCUGACCAAGACCAAAGCCUUCCCGCUGCCCAUCCCGCCCCAGAUGCACAACGACGGCAACUACAUUGUCAGCCUGAACCAGUACGUCAGCUGGCUCGGCGCGCGCGCCGAGGAGGCGGGCGUCGAGGUGUACCCCGGUUUCGCGGCGUCGGAGGUGCUGUACGCGGCCGACGGCAGCGUGUCGGGCGUGGCCACCAACGACGUCGGCAUUGGCCGCGACGGCAAGCCCAAGGACUCUUUUGAGCGCGGCAUGGAGUUCCAUGCGCGCGUCACGCUCUUUGCCGAGGGCUGCCACGGCAGCCUGACCAAGCAGGUCAUCAAGAAGUUUGACCUGCGCCGCGACAGCGACCCGCAAACGUACGGGCUGGGCAUCAAAGAGGUCUGGGAGGUGCGGCCCGAGGUCUUCGAGAAGGGAAAGAUUGUCCACGCCAUGGGCUACCCGUUGCCCUAUGACUUGUACGGCGGCGGCUUUAUGUACCACUUUGGCGACAACCUGGUGACGCUGGGUCUCGUGACCUCGCUCGACUACAAGAACCCGUGGCUGUCGCCCUACAACGAGUUCCAGCGCAUGAAGCAGCACCCGCUGUUCCGGUCCGUGCUCGAGGGCGGCAAGUGCAUCUCGUACGGUGCGCGCGCCAUUAUCGAGGGCGGUCUGCAAUCGGUCCCCAAGGUGGCCUUCCCCGGCGGCGCCAUCAUCGGCGACUCGGCCGGCUUUGUCAAUGUGCCCAAGAUCAAGGGCACGCACAAUGCAAUGAGGUCGGGCAUGCUGGCCGCUGAGGCGGCGUGGAACGCGCUGAAGACGGGCAGUACCGCUGCUGAGGGCGAGGGUGAGGCCGAGAACCAAGACGACGAUGGCCAGUCGACGGUCCGCGGCGACACCGUCUUCUUGUACGAGUACGAAGAGGCCCUCCGCAAGUCCUCGAUCUGGAAGGAGCUGCACGAGGUCCGCAACAUGCGCCCGUCCUUCCAGACGCCCCUCGGCAUGUACGGCGGCGUGCUGUACUCGGGCAUCGAGGCCAUUGUCUUGAAGGGCCGCAUGCCCUGGACCCUGCACCACCGCCACGCAGACCACGAGACCACCAAGCCCGCGAGCCAGUACAAGAAGAUUGACUACCCCAAGCCCGACGGCGAAAUCACCUUUGACAUCCUGACGAGCGUCUCGCGCACCGGCACCAACCACGAAGAGGACCAGCCCGUCCACCUGCAGGUCAAGGACUGGGAGAAGCACACGACUGAGACGUAUCCUGAGUUCCAAGGCCUGGAGAACCGCUUCUGCCCGGCCGGCGUUUAUGAGUACAUUGAGGACAACACCAAGCCUGAGGGCGUGCGUUUCCAGAUCAACGCGCAAAACUGCAUUCACUGCAAGACGUGCGACAUCAAGGCGCCCAAGCAGGACAUCAACUGGCAGGUGCCCCAGGGUGGCGAAGGUCCCAAGUACUACAUGACAUAA